CUGUACAUCAAACGGCGUCGUCGUGGACGUCGGCGUCAACGCCUUAACUCCGGGCGAUACAGCACGUUGUUAAAUUUGUCAUGAGAGCGAGCCGCUAUGGGAAUCGAGUCGAAGAGGUCGGAUUUCUUUUAAAAUUCAGAUCUUGUUUUGGCCGCGCCCGCAAUAAAGUUCCGGAUGCGACGUACGAAUAACUAAAGGAUAUAUAUAUUCCAACGAGUCCCGGCGACGAACAAAAAGUGCAGAAGAAGGAGGAGGAGGAGGAAAGGGAAAGUUUCGGCUACUAUACUCACGGAGUGAAACGGAGAAACUCUCUAGACAGGUUAGCGAUAGAGAGAAGGGAGGAAGAGGAUAUAACCCCGAGAAAGCAGCAGUAACGGCGACGUAGCAGCAGCGUCCCAAGAAAGAUGGGCGAGAGCUCGCCGGACUUGAGCCUACGGCUACGCCGUGGCAGCUCCGACUCGAGGGAUUCAUUUUACAUGGACUUUGCUCAGGGCAUAGACUCGGACAUCGAGGAGGUCACGAGGCCCACGGACAAUCUCGAUGAGCUGCUGGCCGAGUCGAUGGACAACGACAACGACGCGAUGCUGCCCGUCGUCAGCGAGGACAUCGCCACCAUACCCGAGGAGGCAUCGGAGGAGCUGAGGCUCGAGGAGGAGCAGGACGCUCUAGAGGCUGCCAGGCGAGAGGCUGCAGCGGCGGCGGCUGCGAAGAAGGAAGCGGAAAAAGACAAACUCACCAUGGACUGGCCGGGCUUACCCGCGACCCUGCCAUCGCCCGCCUCGCCCUCGGCCGUGAUCGUCUCGCCGGAGACGCUGUCGCGUCACAGCAGCAGCUCGCCGACUCGCGGCAGCGGCGGUGGCGUCGUGGGCACCGGAUGCGGCGGCGGCGGCGGCACCACCGGCAGCACCAACAGCACCGAGCGCGCCCUCAACAACACCGGCACCACCAGCCAAGCCAGCAAUUAUCAGCAGCAACACCAUCUUCAUCAACAUCAUCACCAUGACCAUCACAGUCAGCAUCAUCAUCAGAGUCAGAUGGGCAACGACACUCUCAAGAGCGAUCUGAAUUCGCAGCAGUCGCAGCCGUUGUUGCCCCAGUACGCCCUGGCGCUGUGUCAAAAUCAGCAGCAGCAGUCCAUGAUACCGGCCGUGUGCUACCCGGUGCCGAACUAUCUCGAAUUGGAGAUGACGACGGAUCGCCAUUACAAGCAUUCGGGAUGCGACGCCUUCUCCACGACACUGAGCGCUUUGUACGGCAAACUGCUGGUCGUCAUGGGUAUCGCCUUUCCCAUGGCCGAGGUCAUCUCCACCUACAUACCACCAUCGUUUUACGAGGCGUUCUAUCUGUACCUCUACAUCGGCAGUAUGCUAUUCCUCGUCAUCAUGUACCUCGUCACUUGUACGUGCUGCAAAUCCAAAAACAAAAACCAAAAGGAAGUGGACCUCGACUCGUCGCAGUCGUCGAGCGGCCUCGGCGCCGACAGCGACAGUCCCGAGCGCGGCGGCGGCGGCGACGUCGGCAUCGUCGUCGGCAGCCUGGGCCAGCUGCAGCACAAGCCCGCCCAGCACUACGGCAGCUUCUACCUGCGCAUGGGCGCGGUGGCCUUCGGCGUCGGCUCGAUGAUCUACUCGGGCCUCGAGUUCGGCCAGUACUUCGAGCUCGAGCGCAACACCAAGUGCCACAACAUCAUGCUGGCCCUGACCCCGGCCACCAGGAUGGCGUUCAUCUUCAUACAGAUGUACUUUAUCUUUCUCAACGACAAGCAAAUGAAGGUCUACAGUCACAGGAUGCUGUCGCGCUUCGGGCUCAUGCACAUGAUCGGAACGAAUCUCUCGGUCUGGCUCAACGUCCUGAUCCAGGAGACCAAGCACGAGAUUCUCACCUUCUACAAUCCCGAGAACAACACCUUGAGGAUCUCGCACAGGCUAGGUACGAAAGCCGGCCACAUACAUCUGAACAGCGGCGGCACCGGCACCGGCCACGUGCAUCACGUCGCCGCGGAGCAUCACUCGCGGCUGCCGCGCGGCCUCAAGGGCCCGCACCACAUGUUCGAGUGCCGGCGCACCAAUAUCAUGGGCUCGCUCGUCCAGGACGCCAGCCCCUUCUUGUUUCCCUGCACCAUCGAGUACAGUCUCAUCUGCGCGGCCAUACUCUACGUCAUGUGGAAGAACAUCUGUAAAACGUCGCCGAGCAGCAAGCCGCGCACACCGCCCGCGGCUGCUGCGGCAGCGGCGGCGGCCCGCCACCACAGCCACGCCUACAGACGCUCGCCCCAUCAUUACAGCGUGGACUGCGCCGGCGCCCACAAGGGUCUGUUCCUGGGCAUUCUCAUCCUCGUGCUGACCAUCAUCUCGCUCAUCCUGUUCUUCGUGCUGACCUCGCGACCCGAGCUCGUCAGUCUGGCCGUGACCGAGGUCAACAUCUGCGAGCUGACCCUGUACGGCAUGUCGACCCUGGCCACCCUCGUCGGCAUGUGUCGCAUGCGCAAGCUGCGCUACGACGGCAGCCGCAAUCUCGAGCUCGACAACAUACUGCUCGUGGGCGCGCAGACCGGCAUGUUCAUCUACUCGACCUUCACGAUAAUCGGCAGCCACUUCACCCUGGAGAAGCACACGGUGCUCGUGCUGAUCACGGCGCUGGCGAGCGUCGUCCAGACCACCUGCCAGACCAUCUUCAUUCUGGACGCCUCGAGGCGCUCCGUGUCGACGGCCGACCACAUGAAGCGCAAACCCGGCCGCGAGAUAGUCACGUUCCUGCUGGUGACCAAUCUCGCCAUGUGGGCCAUCAACACCCUGGAGAAGUCCAGGGCCGAGUCGCAUCCCGUGCAGCUGCACUUCUACGGCCUGUGGGCCUGGACCAUCAUCACUCACGUAUCUAUGCCCUUGGCUAUCUUCUACAGGUUCCACAGCACAGUCUGCCUGUGCGAGAUCUGGAAGAAGGCGUACAAAGUCAAGCCGACCUACAUGUGACGCAAGCACUCGUCGACAGAGUCGUCGCGUCGACGCCACAGGCGCUCGGUGGCAGCCGCCAGGGCCUGUCUGGCCCAGCGGCCGAAUAAUCUGCCGGCGCGACUGAACAGCAUCGCCGAGAACGAUCCGACCUCGUUCAUUUGAUCGCUCAGUCUGGCAAAGCUCCAGGAGAUCGCCGCGCAGCGCGUGCCCCCGAGACGCUCCAUACUCAUUCUCAGGGACGAGCUGUAAAAACAACAACUGAAACACGAGAAAACCGAAAAAAAGAAAAGAAAACGAAACGAGCGAUUUAUAUUAUUAAUGAAUGUAUCGUGCGUGAGAUGAUCGAUGUAAUAAUCGUUGUGUUGUGACAAGCUGUGAUUGCGAUAAUUCCGCGAGAUUCCUCUCUCCACCACACACGCCUAUAAUUGUAUCGUAUGGAAUUUUUGAGCUCCAAGAGCUCUCUGUGUGUCUCUGCGAGUGCGCUUCGAAUCACGUAGAUUCGAGUCGAAAAAUCACGUAGAUUCGAGCGAACUGCAAUUUCGGCCUUGCCUUCGACUCAUCAACCUUGUGCUGUCGUUACAUACUGUGUAAACCUUGACAUGUCCGAUCUGUGAUUACGAAUUUUUUGACAGAAUCCGAAAAAAAAAACAAUCGUAGGAUAUCCCGCUCUUAUGUAGAAGUCGAGCAAAUUCGUAUGUAUUGGCCCAUUGACUCGAAAAAAUUUUAAUUGUUUUCGAUAUCAGCCAGCUUAUAAGUGUAAAGAUAUUUGCCACGCGACAAUGCGUAUAAUCACGAGAAAGCUUGACUAUAAAAUUGCUUAGAGGCUUUUUUGUCCAUUAGAAGUAUAUCGCUAGAUGAACGAUAGAAAAUUUCUCGCAUUUAACUGAGUUAAGAAACAAAAUUACCGUAGUAUAAAAGAUUAGAUAGGCGAAAGGACCAUUCUGAGUUGUGGAUAAUCAAUUUUUUCCAGAAAAAAUUAUAUCUUUUUAUACCUGAAAAAAAAUGAGGAAAUAUUCUAUACC